AUGUAUGUAUAGAGAGAGAUUUUUAUGGUUUUUUUGAUUUAUAAUUGUGUGUUGAAAGCCAUUCAAUCUGUUCUGGCCAAUUUCUUCCCCAUCAUUGUCAAACAUGUAUUAAGCUCUAGUCCAAGUCACUAUCUUGUUUUCUCUCUCUUCAAGAUCCUGUUUCUCUCUCUAAUAUCUUUGAAAUCAUUCUUUUUUCUUUCUGGGUUUGUUUUGUUCAUCAACAAGAUGGUCAAACAAAUGCUAAAAAUCCAACCUUUCUGAAUCUUGUGCUGUUUCUUGAAUCUUCUUUCUUUCUUUCAUCUGUUAUUCUUAUUUUCUUUUUACAAUUGCUGAUUUCAUUCAAGAAACAAGAUGACAGUUGAGGAAAUUAGAGGGUCUGUUGGGGUUAAUAAUAAUAAUAAUAAUAAUGAAAUUGACAGAUUUCCCAUAGGGAUGAGAGUUCUUGCUGUUGAUGAUGAUCCAACUUGUUUGAAAUUAUUAGAUGGGCUUUUAAGGAAAUGUCAAUAUCAAGUGACAACAACAAAUCAAGCAAGAACAGCAUUGAAGAUGUUAAGGGAAAAUCGAAACCGGUUCGAUCUUGUGAUCAGUGAUGUUCAUAUGCCAGAUAUGGAUGGAUUCAAGCUUCUUGAACUUGUUGGUCUUGAAAUGGACUUACCUGUUAUUAUGUUAUCGGGAAACAGUGACCCGAAGCUUGUAAUGAAGGGAAUCACUCACGGUGCGUGUGAUUACCUUGUGAAACCCGUUCGCCUUGAAGAACUACGCAACAUAUGGCAACAUGUGAUCAGGCGAAAAGUUGAGUCAAAAUCUCAGUCAAGGUCAAACAAUAACCAAGAAAGGCAGAAUCACGACGGUGGGCCAGAAGCCGGUAGUGGAGAUCCAAACGGGAAAGUUAAUAGAAAAAGAAAAGAUGAAGAUUUCGAAGAUUUCGAAGAUAACGGGAAUGAAGACGAUGAUCCGUCAACACAAAAGAAACCGCGUGUUGUUUGGUCCAUUGAUCUUCAUAGGAAAUUCGUUGCCGCUGUCAAUCAACUUGGGAUUGAGAAAGCUGUUCCUAAAAGGAUUCUUGAUUUGAUGAACGUCGAAGGUCUUACAAGGGAAAACGUUGCAAGCCAUCUUCAGAAAUAUCGGCUUUACUUAAAACGAAUCAGUCAACAAGCAAACAUGGUGGUUGCGUUUGGCGGUAGUAAAGACCCGUCUUCUUAUAUGAGAAUGAGUCCACUUGAUGGAAUCGGAGACUUCCGUUCAUUAUCCGGUUCUACAAGACUACCAAACGCUCAGUUAUCGUCGUAUCCACCUUCCGGUAUGCUCGGUAGACUCAGCAGUGCAACCGGGAUGACCCUACACAGCCUCACGACCCCAGCGUUGAUCCAACCGACCCACACCCAAAACUUAACCGGUUCGGUCAACUCACUCAACAAGUUCCAACCGGUUGUAUUACCAACACCACCGAAUCACCAACCCACGAGUCUUCUUCAGGGAAUUCCAACUUCGUUUGACCUUGGUCAACUUCAACCGAGUAAUAAACCGAACAACACCCAACUCCCGGAUUUCAACCCGAUCGAUGAAUCUCGAAUCUUUAACGGUUCUAGCACCUUUCCUGUUUCAAGUAGUUCCACUUUUCUCGAUGUUCCGCAGCCCAUUGGUGACGGUUUCAACAACCAACUGCCGCCUAAUAACAGCCUAAACUAUUGUUCUAACACUGCUCUUAUUAACAUGAUUGCUGACACAAUGACCGCGUUUGGCUCUAGUAUUACUACCACACCUUCACUACCUCUUGAAGGUCAAAGUCAAAGGCAUGCGCAGUAUGGUAACCAAAGUUAUGGUCCGUAUUCAAGCAAUGGUUUUAGCGGUUUAGCCGCUGCCGCACCGCCGUCCAGUACUGGUGGUUUAGGUGGACCGGUGAGUCAAUCGAAUGACGGGAUUUGCGGGGUCUACAAUAGGUCAAAUGGCAAUGGUGCACUCGCUAUGCAGAUGAACAACAAAGAGACUCAUAGGUCAAAUACUAAACUGAAAAUGGGAUCUGGUGAAAACUUUUUACCGAGUGGGUUUGUUGCAAACAACAGUUAUGAUUCGUUGGAUGAUCUUAUGAACGGAAUGAUGAAACGGGAGCAGGAUCCAACGAUCUCGAUGGAUGGAGAAUUUGGAUUCGAUCCUUAUUCUUUCGGAUCGUGUAUAUGAUGAUGAUGAUAUAGUAAUUAUUAGCUCUCGACUCCUGAAGAACGAUAAAACGGGGCUGCAAUAUGACAGAUUAGGUUUUAUUAAAUGAGAAGUUUGUAUCAAUAUGUAAUUUAUUUUGGGGAGUUUUAUAUAAACUUGUAGCCGGUUUUCUAUUGUGGGUUGUACUGUUUUUAGAUUUUUUUUUUAUUUUUUUUUUCAAAUCUAUUUUCAGGCAGUGUUAUGAAUAUUAUGGUUGUGAUGCAAAGAACCGGUGUUUCUGGUAA